AUGACCCAUUUCUUCGCAAAUCCCUUGUCUGUACUUCUAGCCGACGAUCGGUCUGCCAAACUUCGAACUCCUCCAGUGUGCGAAGCGAUUAGGAACCUUCCGUCGUUUCGAAAGUACUCUGAGCAUCUCCUCGAUGAAGGUCUCUACGAUCAAACGCGCAGGUUGCUUAAUGACGACGAAUUUCUCUUCGAAGAAUCUUUACGAAAUCUUGACUAUGGGCAGCAGAAGAUGCGUGACAUCUUUCAGGCAGUUAAAUGGAUCCAGACAUCUCGCAGGGCUCUUGAUCUUACAAAAAGAACGGAUAUAUCGGAACUCUCGAUCCGCGCGCUAUCAGGGGAAUUACAGAACUCAUCAUCUGUGGAAGACAUGUUCAAGAUCCUGAAGACUCUGGAUUCUGCAAGAUUGAGUGACUUCAUGGGCAAUCUUCCCGAAGGCGUUAUUAGGAGGGAGGAUUUCCAAGAGCUGAAGAGAGACUUUGAUGUGUUAUUGCAAGAGUACCCAGGCGUGGAACCGCUGCGGAGCGAAUAUGAUGGCCGUCAAUCCGUUGUGGCAACAACCGUUGUGCAACAACGGGUCAAGCUCAAUAAGGGGAAAGCCAAGGCUACCAAGCAAAGCGUUGAGUAUACGAGGAUCAUGGAUCGUUUGUACGUGCUCCUGGAGGAAUAUCUGGCAGGAGAUCUACUGCGGCCACAGGAUUUGUUCCUGCAUGAGGUAUUCUUCAUCGAUAUGAAGAACCCUCUGAAGGAAACAUUCACACCCAGGCCUCGUUUUGCUAUAGAACGAGCACUUUCAACCCCGUUCGACUAUCUAUUAUCAGCAUCGGACACAGCCGAGACUAAAUUAUCCGCGAAGCAACCCGCUACGGCAAUCCUCUAUCAGUUGUACCUUGAGUCUGGUUCCUUGGUGAAUGUCAACGAUAUCUGGCAGGCAUUCUAUACCAUUUUUGAAAGUGAGCAAGGCGAUAAGUGCAAUGAACGGAUGGUUAUGGCACUUUUCUACCGGGCUCUAUCGGAACUAAAGGCAUUCGGAAUGGUCAAGAGCAGCCGGAAGAAGAUUGAUCAUGUUGCAAAAUCAGCUUGGGUUGGAUUAUGA